CGUCAGACGAUGCACAAAGUCGCUUGUCCUUAACGAUACACGUUUCACAUUCUUAUAUUUACGUUCAUUUAAAAAAAAACGCUUUUCUUGAACUCAAAGAGACUCAUCAUGUUGAACAGAUUUAGCUUCAUGGAGCAGAGGAUGGAUUUUUCGUUCUACAGAUUUCGGAGUUAAAUAAAGGAAGUUUGACUGAAUAGUCAUUUUUGAAUGGUUAAAAUUGGAUAAUAGAAGGACUACUUUGUUGUUGUUGGUUUUUUUAAUGGAAACAUGGCCCACAAACAAGUAUCCCUGCACUUUCUCCUUCUCUUCUUCCUCUUUGUCCACCUGCUCCCCGCUUCCGCUCGUCGGUCUCACUACUCCGGAAGAAUCGUGGAGAACUCCCCGGCCGGGACGCCCGUGGACGGCGUGGCCGUGCCGGUAUUUGCCGGUGUCUGCCCCGGUCGUGGGGCCACGUUGAAGGGGAGCUACGCGUCCGACUUCCGUCUCCGUCUGCUCCACGGACGCCGGCGCCACCUGGUUCUGGUGUCAUCCAAACGUUUGGACCGGGAGUUCAUCGCCAUGUACGAGCUUACCGUGGAGCGGUGUGCGGGGGUUCCGGUGUUGAUCCAGGUGGAGGUUACGGACGUCAACGACAACGCGCCCCGCUUCACAGCCGGUAAUAGAACCCUGGAGGCGGACGAGUUUACCCCGCUCGGCACCGAGUUAGCUCGGUUCGACGCCAAGGACGGAGACGCGGAUGUAAAUGGACGCGUUACAGUUUACGCACAGCCCGAGUCCAACUUGCUCCGCGUGGACCCGGAGAGCGGACAGGUGACGCUGGCGGGCUCCCUCCGCGGGCUGAGCCGAGUCACAACCCGGCUUUACGUCAAAGACGGCGGGGAAGAGCCGCUGGUCGGCGGGCCGGUCGUCCUGGAAGUCCUGGUGCGCCGGUCGGGCAGGACCCAUUCUGCCAAGCGGAAGUCGCGCGCCCUGGCUGAGGAGGUGACCUACGCCGUGAGCAUCCCGGAUCAAGCCGGCAUCGGGGAUCUGGUGUUCACGGUUCCCGACCGGAGGUUCGAGCAGCGAUGGUUCGAAGUGAGCUCCGACGCCGAUUCGCCGGUGCAGAUUGAGAGGGACUCCGGAAGAGUGUUCCUCGCGCGCAGGCUGCCGGAGCCUGCGGAGGUGAUGGUCAAGAUCCACAAACGCAGAGGUGACGAGUGGUACCUGUGCCGGUUGACUCUGAGCUCACUCAGUCAGGCCCAUCUGCAGUGGACCAUGUUCCCGGCCCCCUAUCUAGCGGCCGUGGGUCCCGACGCUGCCCCCGGGUCUGUGGUCUACCGCUUGUCCUCACGGCAACGUGACGGCACCCUCGGACAGCCUCAGUUCAUCCUAUUGGACGGUGGUAUGGACUGCUUCGAGGUGGACCGGCGCUCAGGCGAAGUCAGGACCACGGGGCGCCCCUUGACCCCCAGCCAUGAAUAUCAUCUGCGGGUUCAGGCGGUGGACGCCGACGGCAUCAAAGGUCCGCCGGCCACCGUGUCGGUCCUCGCCGGCUUCCGCCCGCCGCAGUUCACCGACGCCACCUAUCAGCUCAACGUGGCUGAGAACGUGGCCGUUGGACAGCCUGUGGGUGCAGUCCAAGCCGUGUCUUUCCAGAAGAAGACGUUGGCUUAUCUGCUGCAGUCGAAUCCCGGCAAUCUGUUCAGCAUCAACCAGGAAAGCGGCGCCCUCAGCCUCACCCGCACCGUCGACUACGAGAAUGGGCACAACGUGCACACGCUGCAAGUCCGAGCCUCUGAGCCCGACACUGGCCUCAGCGGCGUGUGUGAGGUUGUUGUCUACAUAACAGAUGAAAACGACUGCACCCCGGAAUUCUUGCACUCCAUUUAUACCCGAGACAACGUUCCUGAGAAUGUCGCUCCCGGAACGUCACUGCUGCAAGUUCUGGCCCGGGACUGCGACUCGGGUGUCAACUCGGAGCUCUCCUACUCAGUCCAUGGCGACGACUUUGACAUAACAUCUGCGGGCGUGGUCAGCGCUGCCCGCCGGCUGGAUUACGAGCGGCCCAAUCACGUCUACGAGUUCCUAGUGGUUGCCGUGGACGCCGGAACGCCGCCUCGCACCGGCACCGCCUCCAUACGCGUCCGGGUGGCCAACACUAAUGACGAGACCCCCAUCUUCUCGCAGACAGUCUACAAGACAUUCUUGAGUGAGGAUGCGGGCCCAGACACCCUGGUCGCCAUCGUCCACGCCAACGACCCUGAUGGCGACGGUGUCUCGUAUGCUAUCACUGGUGGCAACGAGGACAGCAAUUUCCUAUUGGACAACCAAAAAGGCAUCAUUAAGCUGCGGCGGAGCCCUCCGCCUCGACUCAAAGGUCCUCAGUACGUCCUCACCAUCACCGCUACAGAUGACAAUGCAUCCGGCGGUCCGUACCCACUCAGCAGCUCAGCUCAGGUCAUCGUGGGAAUCAACGACAUCAACAACAACAAACCCAUCUUCCUGGAGUGUCAGAACUACAGUUCGAAAGCCGCCGUUCUGGAGAAUCAGCCCCCCGGGACUUUUGUGUUGAGGGUCCAGGCUCAGGAUGCUGACAUGGGGGUGAACGGAGAAGUCAAGUACGGCAUCAUGCACAGGGAUGGGGUGUCGUCUGGAUUUGACAUCCAUCCAGACACUGGCGUGAUCACGACGGCGGUGAGUUUCGACCGGGAGCGUCAGCGCGAGUUCACGCUGUCGGUAACCGCCACCGACCAAGCCGAGGAACCGCUCAUCGGCAUCUGCCAGAUCACCGUCCUCGUCGCAGACCAGAAUGACAACGACCCCAAAUUCGAGAACAGCCGCUACCAGUACUUCCUACGAGAGGACACGGCCGUGGGGACUAGCUUCCUGCGGGCGGCGGCGCACGACGACGACCAGGGUAGCAAUGCGGCCAUCGCAUAUUCGCUGUCCCCGCAGAGGCCCGCGUACCUCCACAUCAACCCCGGCACGGGAUGGAUUUAUGUCAACCAGCCCAUCUCGCAGACGUCCAAAAUCAACCAACAGAUCGUGGCGUCCGACGGCGGCAACCGCAGCAGCUCCGUGGAACUCACCGUCAUCAUCACCAACGUCCACAACCAGCCGCCACACUGGGAGCAGCCUGAGUACUGGGUCACUGUGCCCGAGAACACCGUCAGGGACGCCAAGAUCCUGACGGUUAAGGCCACGUCUGCACUGGGUGACCCAAGGGUCACCUACAACCUGGAGGAGGGUCAGGUACCCGAGACCAACAUGCCCGUGCGCUUCUACAUAAAACCAAACCGAGCGGGUGGCUCGGCGUCCAUCCUGGUGGCCGAGAACUUGGACUACGAGACAACGCGCUUCUUCGCUCUCCGGGUUCGAGUCCAAAACGUUGCUGCCGUGCCGCUUGCCUCCUUCGCAACUGUUUACGUCAACGUCACAGACGUGAAUGACAACGUUCCUUUCUUCCUGUCCUCCACGUACGAGGCAACGGUUCCCGAGGGAGCCGAGGUCGGCACGUCGGUGGCUCAGGUGUCGGCCAUCGACUUGGAUUCAGGCCUUCACGGCAUGGUCCACUACACCAUCUUGAAGGAUGAGAGUGGAGACUCUGGGUUGUUCAGCAUCCAUCCGAUGAGCGGCGUCAUCACCACGCGGGCCUCCUUUGAUCGAGAACAAAAAGCCUCCUACCUUAUCGAGGUCCAGUCGCAGGACGGCUCUGAGUCGGCAAGACCGGGACAGCAGGGACAGCCCAACACCGACACGUCCUACAUCAGGAUCUUUGUGGCGGACGUCAACGACAACGCGCCGGCAUUCCCACGCUCGGUGUAUGAGGUGAGCGUGGAAGAGGACAAGGAGGUGGGCUUCGUCAUCAUCACCGUCACAGCCAACGACCACGACGAAGGUGCCAACGCCAAACUACGCUAUCAGAUCGCAGCGGGCAACACCAUGGGCACUUUCGACGUGGAGCCCGAGGUGGGCACCGUCUUUGUGGCGCAACCGCUGGACUAUGAGAUGGAGCGGCGCUUCGAGCUGCGACUGGUGGCCUCGGACGGCAAGUGGGAGAACGAGACGCUGGUGGUGGUGCAGGUGGUCAACCGUAACGACGAGGCGCCCGUCUUCAGCCUCAGCGAGUACCACGCCGUCAUCCAGGAGGAGCUCAACGAGCUGCCCGUGUUCAUCAUGGAGGUUUCCGCCACCGAUCCUGACCAAGAUGCCGACCAGACCGCUCUGCGCUACUCCCUCCACGGCCAAGGCGCAGGCGGUGAGUUCACUAUCAAUGAGCGCACCGGGAGGAUCUACGCCCAACGGCGUCUAGACCGGGAGGAACGUCCAGCCUGGAGAUUCCUGGUCCUGGCCACAGAUGAGGGAGGGUCGGGACUCACAGGAUUUGCGGACGUCCUAUUGGAGGUACGCGACAUCAAUGACAACGCGCCUUUCUUCCCGUGCCCGGCGCUGGAAGUGGAUGGCUGUUUUGUUGGCCAAGUGCCUGAAAACUCCCCCGCCGACACCUCCGUCAUGGAGAUGAGAGCUAUGGACUUGGACGACGCCAACGAAGGCAAGAACGCAGCACUGAGCUACAGCAUCGUCAAGAACGUCCGCAAUGAGAUCAACCUCAACCUUUUCUCCAUCAACGCCACCACGGGAACCAUCUACACCGUGCUGCGCUCCCUGGACCGGGAGGCGGAGGAGCGCUAUCUGGUGGUUGUGGAGGCCCGGGAUGGUGGGGGUUUGGCUGGGACAGGGACCGCCACCAUCCUGGUUUCGGACGUUAAUGACCACCCGCCCAUCUUCUCCCAGAGGGUCUACUCCACCCAGGUAACUGAGGACCUGGAGGUGAACAGCGAGGUUCUCGUGGUGUCUGCCACCGAUGGAGACCAGGACGAGAAUGCCGUAGUGACCUUCAGCAUUGUGGGGGGUGACGAUGACAGGAAGUUCUCGGUGGAGACUGACAAGGUGAACCGACGCGGCGUGAUCAAGCUCAAGAAGAAAGUGGACUUUGAGAAGCCCCAGGAGAGGACUUUCAAUCUCACUCUGAAAGCCGAGGAUGCGGAUUUCUUCAGCUUGGCGAACUGUCUGGUGCAGGUGGAGGACGCCAAUGAUCACGCUCCCGUCUUCUUACCGCAGUUCUACGAGUCGCCGGCCAUGUCCGAGGACGUUCCUGUGGGCACUAUUGUUGCCCAGGUGAUGGCUACCGAUCUGGACUCUGGACAAAACGGACGGUUUUCUUACAGUAUCGCCAAGGAGUCCGACCCCUACGAUCAGUUUCUCGUGGACCAAUCUGGUUGGGUGGUGGUGGCGAAGUCUUUGGACCGGGAAAAAAUCUCUCAGCAUCGGGUCAUGGUCCUCGCCACGGACGCCGGCAACCCAGGACUGACUGGCACAGCAAUCGUCAUGGUAACUGUCCUGGACGUCAACGACAACGGGCCGGAGUUUGAGGCACCCUACAGGCCGGUGGUGUGGGAGAACACAGCAGCCCCGCAGGCGGUGUGGAUGAACGCCAGCUCACAGCUGCUGCACGCCACCGACCGCGAUCUCUCCUCGAACGGUGGACCUUUUUCCAUACGCCUUCUUCCGCUCACCGCCGACGCGGCCGAAUUCAACCUGACCGACUUCCGCAACGGCAGCGCCUGCGUCACCGCCCUGCGGACAUUUGACCGCGAGCGCCAAAAGGAAUACCGACUCCCUAUCCUCAUGAUCGACAGCGGUUCGCCCGCCAUGAGCUCCACCAGCACGCUAACGGUGGUCAUCGGAGACCGCAACGACCACCCUCACUCACCGGGGCACACCAAUUUCAUAGUGUACAGUUACGAAGGUAUCCUGCCAACGACAGUGCUGGGCCAAAUCCCAUCCCCGGAUCUCGACGACUGGAGCGAGAAGACGUACCAAUUUGAAGGCAAACCAUCCCGAUUGUUCAGCGUGAACCACAGUUCUGGCCAGCUGAGCAUCAGGGAGGGGGUCCCUCCUGGCUCCUACCAGCUGCAGGUACGCGUGUCCGAUCCUGCCUGGCCGGACGUCACAUCCACAGCGCAGGUGGACGUGAUGGAGCUGCCGCAGGAAGUGCUACGGAACGCCGCCUCCCUCCGACUACGCAACAUGACGGUAGAAGAGCUGUUCUUGUCCCAUGGCGGCGAGGAGAUCCGCUUCUCCCAUUUAGGUCGGAUACUGGCCGAUCUCUUCCAGACGACUCCGGAGAAGGUCCACGUCUUCUCCGUGGAAGACGCCGGCCCAGACCGGGAGAGGGAGCUGAGCGUGUGGUUCGCCGCGCAUGGCUCGCCGUAUUACAAGGCCGAGAAACUGCAUGGUUACGUGGCGGCCAAUAAAGCAAAGCUGGAAGCCAUGCUGGGCGUGUCCAUCUCCCAGGUGGGCGUGGACGACUGCCCCCACGCCGACUGCGCUCAAUCCGGAGGUUGCUCCACUCAAGUGUCCUUCGGUCAGAUCCCGACGGCCCUCAGCACGGGCAACGUGUCUUUGGUUUCCCUGCCGGCCAAGACCGCGGCGCGGUGUGGUUGCCGCGGACGUGAGGCCAUGCACCUGCCUUGCUCGUCAUACCCAAACAACCCCUGCCUCAACGGGGGCACCUGCCAAGAUAGUCCGCUAGGCUACAGAUGCAAGUGUCGGCCCCUGUUCGACGGGCCCGAGUGUCAGCAGACCAAGCACAGCUUCGGUGGCGGGGGCUACGCUUGGUUCCCCGCCUUGGCGCCGUGCUUCCGGAGCCACAUUUCCAUGGAGUUCCUGACCGAGGCGGCCGACGGGUUAUUGCUCUACAAUGGACCACUCGGACGCACCGCGCAACCGGGAGAGUCCGAAGACUUCAUUUCUAUCGAGUUGAAGAACGGCGUGCCGGUCCUGAACGUGAAUCACGGCUCCGGAACUCUCACCCUGCAGCUUCCGCCCAAAUCCAACGUGGCAGACCGCCGCUGGCAUCGACUCGACGUCAUCAGCGAUGGCAAGGCUGUGCAGCUGGUCCUGGAUCAGUGCUCAGGGGCGCCGGUGAGCGAACCGGAGGGAGUCGGUGGCGGAGACUCUCGAGAAGCGGAUGAGUCCGGCUGCAGGGUGGCCGGUCAAACGCCAGGAAACGAGAGUCACCUUAACGUGUAUCAGCCUCUCCAGCUGGGCGGCGUGAAGCAGACGUCUUCUCGACUGCCGUACACAAGUUUCAGCGGCUGCAUCCGCAACCUGCUGGUGGACACUCAGAUGUACGACCUGGCGCGACCCGGCGAGAGUGUGGACAGCACCCCGGGGUGCAGUGCAACAGACGGCGUUUGUUUAACGGCGGCCGGGCCCUCCUGUGGGGCCCGCGCCUCCUGCCUCGCUGACUGGGGAUCGUUCAGCUGCGAGUGUCACCCAGGACACAGCGGACACAAGUGUGACACUGUGGUUCCAGAGUUCUCUUUGGACUCCAACAGCGUGCUGAGAUUCCAUCUUCGAGCCGGGGGCAGCACCAACCGGCGCACCAACAUCCAACUGCUCCUGCGCACCCGCGCCACCUCGGGCACUUUGCUCUCCGUCAUGUCCCGGGAAGCCGACGAGUACAUCGUGUUGGAGAUCGCAGAGGGUCACCUGUCGGUCCGGGCCGACCUGGGCGACGGGGCCCACGCCCUGCGGCUCUCGGGCCACCGGGUGGACGUGGGCCAGUGGGUGCUGGUGGGACUCAGUCGUCAUGACAACCUGUUUGUCCUGCGACUGGAGCAGGGUGGCGGCUCGCGGGAGGUUCAGGCGCGGUUGGGGAACCGGCGGGAGCUGGUGGUGGACCCGGCGAGCAUCACUGUGGGGAGGGGAGCCCGCGGACGAGAAGACGAUGGCUUUAAGGGUUGCAUGCGGGACGUCCGUUUUAAUGGGCGAACGCUACCUCUGGACGGACAGAGCGGCGGUGAGCUGGUGAGCGUGCUGGAGCGGCGCGGAGUCACGUUGGGCUGUUUCAGCGAUGCCUGCCGGACACAACCUUGCCCCGACCCGCUGCGCUGUGUGGACCUGUGGAGGAAACAUCAGUGCAGGUGCCCCAGUGGCCAGGUGAUACUGACAGACGAGUCUGGCGCAGAGCGCUGCGUACCGUCGCCGUGCGGCCCCGCUUCAUGCCGCAACGGCGGCGCGUGCCAGCCGCUGUCGGCCGACAGCUUCCGGUGCCGCUGCCAGGAGGGUUUUCGCGGGCAACGCUGCGAGCUGGGCCAGUAUCGAGGCCACCGGCUGGCCGCCCUCAGCCCAAGCUCCAUCCUGGCCAUCAGCAUGUGUCUGCUCGUCUUCUUUGCCGUGCUGGUAGCGGUGACUGUGUGGAACCAGAAGGGCAGCCGCAACAAGUUCCGUAAGCGCGGCGUCUACCACAUCCCGACAGAGCACGAGAGCUGGGAGGACGUCCGCGAAAACAUCCUCAACUAUAACGAGGAAGGCGGCGGUGAGCAGGAUCAGAAGGGCUACGACAUGACUGAGCUGAAGCGUCCUCUGCGUUCCAGCCUGUCUCAGUCAUCUUCGUGCACCACGGCCCCGCUCAUCAAAUCGUCUCCGGGUUCACAAGAGGAGGUGCGCCCCCCUGGUGCCUCCUGCGCACCCUACCUCAGCAUCCCGCAGCCACACCUCCACACGCAUCCCCCGCCCCCGCCCUCAUCGUCGCGCUCUCACGUGGACUUCAAGAGCUAUGUGUCUCGCAUCGUGUGGGAGGCGGACCAGGACGAGGGCGCGUUCCCGGAAGACGUCUUCCACAGGUGGCGGGAGGAAGGAUCCGGAACUCCGGCAGGGAGCCUCAGCUCGCUGGAGAAUGCCGACGAGGAGGAGGAAAACGAAGCGGAGAGGCCGCAGGAACGGCUGUCCCGCUGGGGACCAAAAUUCCAGACGCUCAGCGACAUGUACGACCGCCCUCAGGUGGCACUCUCGUACGGAACCACCGCACGACGGCCUCCCAGCCACUAGGGGGCCACCUGGCAUUCUCGGCUCCUCCUCAUUUCUGGACUUGACAUUGCUUUGCCCAAAAGUUAAAACUGGGAGCCUGCAUUGCAAAUUGGACACCUUCCGCCAUCUUUGAAGAGGGCAAAGUGACGUUUUUCCAAACUUGGCGGCAAUAAUCAUUUAAUGUUUUUCCUGGAGCUUUUUCGGACCCUUUCCUUCCCCCUUUUCAGACACAUUUACAAUCUGAAGUUCCCGGAACCUUUUAGUAUUAAUUAAUUAAAGUUAGUCCUGCACUAGUCAUGUAUUUUUGUUUCCUUUUCUCCAACUAAAAUAAAGACUAAACAUUUUUAAUUAGUCCUCAGAUGCCUUAGCAAUGUACUUGUGACUUAUUUUUUAAAAAUAGAUUCAACAAUCAAUCAUCUUGACCAACCUUGCUUUGCCCACCACCUAUGUUCACAGGACACCCCCCACCCCAAAAAUAUAUAUUUUUUCACCUCAAAGUCAAAAGAAUACAUUUUUGAUGAGAACAUUUUAGGGUGGGAACCUAUUUUCAAUCUAAAGCUAAAAAAUAAUUUUCCCUAUAUCUGAAGUAUGUGUGCUUCAUAGUUCAAUUGAAAAAAAAGUUGAGUGUUGUUUGAAUUGUAUGAUACAAUGUAAAUAUGGACAUUUUUAUAAUUACCUGAAAAGAAUAUUUCCUUUUGUACAUGAAUUGUAAUAAAUAAAAAUAACUUUUUCCCUGGA